AUGUUCUCCUCGUUGAAGAGCUUCACCUCCAACAUCAACUCCAACUACUCCGUCUCCCAGACUGUGUCCUCGACCGCCGGCGCCUGGAAGAUAUACGAUGCGAAGAAGAAGUCGACGGGGAAGUCCUAUUCGGUCUUCGUCUUCGAGAAGAAAUCGCUAGAUUCACAUGGAAACACCCUUGGUCGGUCCAGUGCCUCCGCCUUCAAGCGCUCUACUGAAGAGGUACUCGAGCGUUUAAAAAAGGAGGCGUCGUCUUUAGCACGAUUGCGGCACCCCAGCGUACUCGAACUUGUCGAACCCGUGGAAGACACGCGAGGAGGAGGACUACAGUUCGUAACUGAACCCGUGACUACAUCUUUGGCGAGUCUGCUGCAAGAGAAAGAUGACCAGGAAAGGGCCGGUGGCAUUGGUGGCCGGUCCAGUCGCUAUGUCACCGAAACAUCCGAGGGGGUAAGACGGAGGCGGGAGCUAGAAAUCGACGAGCUCGAGAUCCAAAAGGGGCUGCUCCAGAUUAGCAAGGCGUUGGAGUUUCUCCAUGAGAAUGCUGGCCUCGUCCAUGCGAAUCUGACCCCUGAUUCCAUCCUUGUCAAUUCCAAGUCUGAUUGGAAACUCAGCGGUCUCGCCUUUUCAAGCCCCUUUGAAGGCUCGACCAAACCGACUUCUGUUCAACCCAUCAGCCUUUCAGAAGUACUUAACUUAGAUCCUCGUCUACCCCGGCAUGUACAAAUCAAUCUUGAUUACACCUCGCCCGACUUCGUCCUUGACAAUAACCUCACCACGUCUGCCGACAUGUUCUCCCUUGGCCUCCUGUGCCUUGCGCUGUACAAUUCACCACACCGAUCGCCUAUAGAGAGCAGCGGAAGCGUGUCCGCCUACAAGAGGAUAUUCACCUCGUCCUCAACCGUUCCGAAUCCGGGUAACGGUUACCUGUCAAAAGGAAAGCUGCCGAAGGAGCUCUUAGCUCAUGUUCUACCACGUUUGAUAACUCGACGGCCGGCGCAGCGUAUGAGUGCUCGGGAAUUCCAGGAAAGCGAGUAUUUCAACAGCACGCAGGUCAGAGCUAUUCGUUUUCUUGACGCGUUUCCUGAGAAAACUCCGGGUGAAAAGUCAUCCUUCUUGAGAGGUCUGAAUAGGAAGUUGGCAGAAUUCCCGAAGGCGGUGCUGGAAAAGAAAAUCCUUCCGGCCCUCUUGGAGGAGUUGAAGGACAAGACACUUCUGGCACUCAUUCUUCAAAACGUCUUCAAGAUAUUGGAUUUGUUGUCCAAUUCCCAACGCGCUUUUGGAGAGAAAGUACGCCCAAGGCUGAAGGAGAUAUUUGUGGUCAAUCUCAAGCAGCCACAAGAAAAGGACAAUGACCGAGAUGCCGGCUUGAUGGUGUUCCUGGAGAACGCUUCCCUAAUUGCUGAGAACUCUCCAGGCAAGGAGUUCAAGGAUGAUGUCCUACCGAUACUAUUAACCGCCAUUGAGUCGCCAACGCCUUCUCUCGUCGAUGCUGCCUUACGAAGCCUUCCAGCCAUAUUACCGGUUCUGGACUUCAGCACCAUCAAAAAUGAGCUGUUCCCCGUUAUUGCUGCGGUGUUCAGCAAGACCAGUAGCCUCGCGAUAAAAGUGCGUGGGUGUCGUGCCUUCGUUAUUCUCUGUGGCGGAUUAAACGAAGCUAUGUCAGUGGACGAUGGUCUUGAUGGUUUGAUUCCCGACAAAAAGAAAAAGACGUCAUCCUCUAGUGCUCUCGACAAGUACACAAUGCAGGAGAAGAUUGUUCCUCUGAUCAAGGUCAUCAGGACUAAAGAGCCUGCUGUUAUGAUGGCAGCCCUAGAUGUUCUGCGAGUUGUGGGAGACGUGGCAGACGCAGAUUUUGUGGCGAUGGAUAUCCUGCCUAUUCUUUGGAACAUGAGCUUGGGUCCACUGCUUGACCUCAAACAGUUCCAGCAAUUCAUGGAUCUUAUCAAGGUGCUUUCAAGGAGAGUUGAAGACGAGCAGACCAGGAAGCUGCAAGACCUGUCUGUGGCGAACGGAGGAAGGGCGACUUCUCCCAACGAAGACUUCAUGGCAUUCGGAGGUGUCACUGGUACGACGUUCGAUUCGACCAACGGCGCGGGUGAAGAUGACUUCGACGCGCUAGUCGGAGGCAAGCCGACCCAGACUUCGAAUGACCCGAUGAGCGCUGGAUGGGAUGCGGCCCCGGCAGUCGCGCUAGCUUCGCCUCGGGCCAAGUCGCCUCAGUUUUCAUGGUCAACCCCAAGUUCUAGCAUCAAUGUUGCACCCAACGACCAAUUCGGUGCGACCAAGGCCCAGUCUUCUUUCCGGACGGUGACGCCAGACCUAGCGUCUUUUGGCACUCUAACCCCUUCAUCCACACAGUACUCUCAACCGCUCAAGCCCAUGGCCAGCAGUACAAUGCAGAACCAACCCGCUGCGCCACAGAGUUCGAGCAGUGUUAACUGGCCUUCUUCAAGUACCGCGACAGCCAACCCCUGGGCAGCUACUGGCACGGCUGCUCCCUUAUCACCACCGGCUUCGGCCUUUGGCAACAUGUCAUCGAGCAUGUCGACCAUGAGCAUGGAUCAGACAAGGCCAUCCAUGAAUCAGAGCUCAUCAUUCUCUCUUGCGCCACCGCCAUCAAGUAGCAGCAGCACGCCCUCCGGUUUCAGUCUACCUCCCCCUCCAGGCGGGAUGCAAAGGCAGACUUCUUCGACGUCCUUUGGCCAGCCCCCGUCUUCACUGGGCUUUGGGAUGGCGCAACCGACUGGAAGCUUGAACACUAUGGGAAGCAUGAACAGAGGGAUGAACAGCAUGAAUAGUAUGAUGGGGGCUGGUGGCAUGAGGACCAUGACACCUACUCAACUGGCAUCACAGCCACAGCAGCAGCAGCAGCAACAACCACCUCAGAAGUCGGGUUUGGAUAAAUAUGAUAGUCUGAUAUAA